AUGUUGAGUUGGGAACUCCUGCACGAGAUACGGUCUAUGGACUCUGAUAGCGCCGUAGAAACUGCACAUGGUAGAUUGUUAAAAUAUGUUGAGGAAGAAGCGGCACGUCAUCCACCCCUUACACAUAAUUUAUGCCAAUGUUCUAUGUUAUGUGGGGCAUUUUGUCGGAAAUUGGCUUCCUUAGAUGUUUCUAUUGUCACGGAUGCUGUUAGGUACGUGGAUUCACUUCUCUCACUACUAAAAAAGAUGGUGCCAUCUUCACUGGAAUCAACGCUAUUUGCCUACGCGUUUGGUGAAAUUGAGACAUUCCGAACGAUGAGACAUGUAACUUGUCGUCAUCGUAUAGAUGAUCUUACAAGAUCUAUCCCUGCAUUUCGAUGGGAUAUUGAAAAGAUUACUACUGCUUUAAAGGAACUAUCAACAUCUGAAAAACGUACUGAAAAUACUCAUGCACUUAUAGGUGGGAAAAAACGUCCACGUGAAGGAAAUGAUGUAUCUGGUGUAGGUUCAGCACCUGUAGCGGUACGUUGGCGUCUUCCACUCCGAGAUCCUAUUUCAAUGAGUGUUAUUACAAUUCCUGCUCGUGGUUUAUCAUGUCAGCACCAGGAGAUUUUUGAUUUGGGAACUUUUGUUCGUGCUACUCAACAGGUGGUAACUCGUCGUGCGGAGUCCAUUGAAGAUGCAGCAGGUCAGAAAUGGGAGGACGGUGGUAGCGGUGGCAGUAGUGGGGGUUUACAAUCUGCUGUUUGUCCAGUUUGUGGAAAGGCAACACCCUUGCAUAGUGUGCGGGUGGAUGAAGAGAUCAUGGAAACAAUGAGGCAAUACACCCAAAAAGGUGGUGUUCUUAGUGCUGAAGAUUGUAUUGUGUGGGAUGCCACUACGUCUUCAUACUGCAUUGCAAAGCGACCAUCUGAAGCACGUGAGAGUGAAGAGAAAGUGGAUGAGAUGCAAGAAAGAGUACCAAGUCGUCCAAAACGUGUAGUACACAUCGAAGGUCACGUCUUGUACGCAGAUGAGUAA